CUCUGGAAGUAAUAAAAGUUGGUUGCUCAGACUUUAAAAUAAAAUAAAAGAGAAGAGCAUCCGAUGUUCAACAAUAAAGUAGUUAUACUGCUUAUAAUGGCGAGAGCAUCAAAUUUACCGGUGUUGGGAGCAGUCACUUUGUAGCCGUGCAUCGAAAACCAUUAUAAAAGUGUAUGAGAAAAAGAAGAUAACUUGAUUACCUAGGCGUUGAAGCACGACAAUGGAGGUUGAGGAUGAAUGUUUGCUCAGCUAUGCCAUGAAGGGCCGAUGGGGGGAAGCUGUGGAGGCAUACAAGAGGAACCCAAAAGCGUUGGUGGCCAGGACCACAAAGUCAGAAGAAACAGCGAUACACAUUGCAAUCUAUGUGGGGCAGACCGAGUUUGUGACCAGCCUCCUAGAUAAGAUUGAAAAGGACGAGUGUAUAAGAAUCCUGAGCAUGCAAAGUUCAAAGGGAAACACUCCUCUGCAUUUGGCUGCAGAGCUUGGCAACCUGAAAAUCUGCAGCAGCAUUGCAGGAAGAGAUUCCGAUCUUAUUUCGUGUCGAAACGUGCAAGGCGAAACGCCGUUGUUCUUGGCAGCUCAUUAUGGUAAUAAAGAUGCAUUUCUUUGCCUCCUUGGUUACCUCAAAAACAAAGGUGACUACUCACUCUGCAGGAGAACUAACGGGGAUACAAUCCUUCAUUCUGCCAUAUAUGGUGAAUUCUUUGAUUUGGCAUAUCAAAUAAUUCACUUGUACCCAGAACUUGCGGGUUCUAUAAAUGAAGAGGGAGUGUCACCUCUCCAUAUCCUUGCCAUGAAGCCUAACUGCUUUAAAAGCAGCACGAGAAUGGAGACUUUUGAUAAUCUCAUCUACCAUUGUUUAAUAGUGGAUGAGUUGGAGGAGGAAAUUGAGGGCACAAAGAGAGCAGAUAGAAAACGAAUUGAGUUUGAGUAUCCAGAGAACUACAGAACGUGCAUGGAUAUGUUAACGACUCCGAAGAAUCUACUUAAAGUAUUAACAACUGGCAGUACUGGUAGUGGUAAAUCUGCAAGAGAUGAAGAGAAUCCCUCAGCUGGCAGAGACUACCUCAAAAAGAAAGCAGCAAGGAAGCAAGAGAGAAGCCACCGAUUCCCUCUCAAUUGUGAAACGGCGAUCCGAUUCCUGGUCCUUAUUUUGAAGGUUUUUCUAAUCAUCUUCGGUGUAGGAGCAUCUUGGGUAAGGAAAAUCCAGAGAAGAAAAGAGAAACACGUGUGGGCAAAGCAAGUAAUGGUGGAGCUAGUUCGACACGCUUCUUUCCACAGAUAUGAGAACACGGGAAGUACUCCCAAGUAUCACAGCAAAAGUGCGAGAGAGGCCAUGGAGAGUCACUUGACUGAUCAGAAGAAGGGGAUGAUCAUGGAGACACCAAUACUGGUAGCAGCGAAGAUGGGAGUGACAGAGAUCGUAGAGAAAAUACUGGACACGUUCCCACUGGCAAUCCACGACGUGGACGCAGAGAACAAGAACGUGGUGCUUCUGGCCAUAGAGAACAGACAGCCUCACGUGUUUAGCCUUCUGAGGAAUAUGGAGUUGGUGAAAGAGAGUGCUUUCAGGCAAGUCGAUGCUCAAGGAAACAGUGCCUUGCAUCUCGCUGCUUCUUGUAAGGAUCAUAAGCCUUGGCGUGUCCCUGGUGCUGCCAUGCAGAUGCAGUGGGAAUACAAGUGGUAUAAGCUAGUCAAGGAGUCGGUGCCGCCGAACUUCUUCUCUCGAUACAACAUUCACGGCGAAACAGCGAAGCACGUCUUCUUAAGAACGCACGGAUUUCUGAUAAAAGAGGGAAGCAAGUGGCUGACGAAGACGGCGGAAUCGUGCUCCGUGGUGGCGGCGCUCGUGGCAACGGUGGCUUUCACCACGUCGACGGCCAUCCCCGGAGGAUCCAACCAAAACACCGGCGUGCCUCUGCUCGAAGGACGUCCUCUGUUCAACCUCUUUACGGUGGCGUCGCUGGUGGCGCUGUGCUCGUCGGCGAUGUCCCUGGUGAUGUUCCUGUCGAUCCUGACGUCUCGGUUCCAAGAGAAGGACUUCGCUGAGGGACUGCCCAAGAAGCUUCUGGUGGGGAUGUCGUCGCUCUUCACCUCAAUCGCCGCCGUCUUGAUAUCGUUCUGCGCGGGGCAUUUCUUCAUCGUGCAAGCGAGUCUGAGAGUCGCUGUUUAUCCCAUAUACGUUGCGACGUGCUUGCCGGUGACGUUCUUCGCAUUGGUUCAACUUCCCCUCUACUUCGAUCUGGUGCUGGCGAUAUGCAGGAAGGUUCCACAACGGAGCUACAAGGUCUUUUCUCACGAAAUAGGAUCCUCCAAAACAUCCCACAAAGGGAAAGAGAGAGAAAAAUUGCCAUGAACCCAUGAAAGCUGAGUUUUUUAUAAUUUGUAAAAUAACGUAGUUUCAUGCGGAGUAAAAUGAUGUACUGUUCCCUUUUGACUUUUCAUCAGUUUAUUAUUGAAAAUGGAAAUUCAAAUUACACUUGUUUUGUGGAAUGAAUCAGGAUUUCUUUGCUAUUUUAUUUUAA